AUGGGCUCGGUGGCGGUGUCGCCGGUGCACCACGAGAUCAAGGAGCUGUUCGGGAAGAUCAGCGUGCACCUGGAGAAGGCCCACGGGGUCAAGACGAAGAAGGUGGCCAUCCAGCGGUUCCGCAAGAGCGGCCCGAUCUGGUUCGCCAACAUGAAGACGCCGAACGGCCCGUCGUUCCAGGAGCAGCCGGCCAACCUGGAGGGGUCGAUCAACCCGUAUCUGGAGCUGGUGAAGUGGUGCUUCGGCAGGUCGGACCACACUUUCAUCGGGAUCGCGACGGCGCUGGCGGAUAAAGGGGGGUGCAAGUUCGGGGACGACAAGCACACGCAUUUGGUGGAGGAGAAGGGGCGCUUGAGGAGGGAGAUGGAGGAUUUGCUGGGGGAUGACGGGGUGUUCCUGUACCCCACGCACCCCACGGCCGCGCCUUUCCAUAACGAGCCUCUGGUUAAACCGUUCAAUUUCAGCUACACUGCCAUCAUCAACGUUCUUGGGUUCCCGGCGACCAACAUCCCGAUGGGGUUGAACAGCGAGGGGCUGCCGAUCGGGGUGCAGGUGGUGGCGAACACCAAGAACGACAGGUUGUGCUUGGCUGUGGCAGUGGAGCUGGAGAAGGCGUUCGGGGGGUGGGUGCCCCCGAGCGUGGAGGCUUAA